AUGUUUAAGGAAACAUGGCUGAAGGACCUAAAAUGUGAAAGAUUGAUAGAUAAUUUCUGGAAUGGGGCAAGUGUUCAGGGUCUGAAUCGCAUCCAAGCCAUGAAAGCUCUUGAUGACCACUUCAAAGAUUUUAGAAUUGACAAUGUGUCGAAGGAGCUGGUCAGAAUGGAAAAUCUGCUUAAGGAGGAGGAUCGUUGGAAUGGAAGCAAGGAGGAAAUCAACAUACUCAAAGCCAUUGGAAACCAGUGCAAUGAAUUGUUGAAAGUGGAGGAAAUUAUCUGGCGCCAAAAGAUUAGAGCGGUGUGGUUGCACCAUGAGGAUCGCAAUACCAAGUUUUUCCAUGGUAAGGCGAAGCAAAGAAGAAAAACAAAUACCAUCAAAAAGAACAAAGACGAAAGUGGUAAUUUGUGGAAAGGCCAUGACAAAUGUGAAAAACUUCUUGUAAACUACUUUGGUGAGUUAUUCUCCUCUUCCAAUCCCCAACAAAUAGAUCAGUACUGUGAAGUUUUCAAGAAUAGGCUAUCUCAAGAUCACAAAAGCUGGUGUAAGGAGGCUUUUCAGCUAUGGAGGUCAAGGAGGCUCUGCUCCAGAUGCAUCCUCUCAAGGCCCCAGGUCCUGACGGUUUACCCGUAUUAUUUUAUCAUAAGUUUUGGCAUAUCGUGGGUGCGGACGUGA